AUGAGAUCCGACUGUAACGCUCUGCAGUGGAUAUCGUGGUUCCUCUCCUCUAAAGGGAACGAAUACUUUUGCGAAGUCGAAGAAGACUACAUCCUCGACCGCUUCAACCUUACCGGUCUAAACACCGAAGUGGCCAACUACUCACAAGCGCUGGAUCUGAUAACGGAUAAUCUAGAAGACGACGACGUGCAGGACGAGCUUCGAGGGUCGCUCGAUGUCCAAGCCCGUCUACUAUACGGCCUCAUCCACGCGCGAUGGAUCGUCACCGUGCGCGGCCUCUCGAAGAUGCUCGACAAAUACAAGCGCGCCGACUUCGGUCGCUGCCCGCGCGUCUUCUGCCAGUCUCAGCCACUCCUCCCCGUCGGCCUCACGGACGUCCCGUACGAGAAGUCGGUCAAGCUAUACUGCGGCCGGUGUGAGGACAUCUACUCCCCGAAGAGCUCCCGUCAUGGCUCGAUCGAUGGCGCGUACUUCGGUACCACCUUCCCCCACCUCAUGUUCCUCGUCUACCCCCACCUCAUCCCUCCCAAGGCGAACCCCUCCGAUCCGGCCCGGGGCGAUGGCAGGGCCGAAGACUGGGCGAAGGGCGUGCGGAGGCGAGGCUCGACGCGCGAAGACGAGGUGGUCGCCGAAGGCGCGGCGGAGGGUCUCAGCACCGCGACCGCGGCGCUCAAGGCCGAACGCUACCGCCCUAAGAUCUUCGGCUUCCAGGUGAACGAGAUCGCCAAACUGCAGCGUUGGCAGGAAGCAGUCAGGGAUAAACAAAUCGCCCGACUGGAAGAGCUGGAAUACUCGUAG